AUUACUAAGCAUCCCUGUCUGAGUGCAAGGGUGUGUGUUGGCAGUACAGCCCCAAUCUUGCAAAAUCCUUCUUCCAAUGUUCCUCCCCGCUCUGUAUGAACCCUGUGUUGGGGGGCAGGAGAUGGAAGCCCUUGGCAAGCUCGAUUGAACUACGUUACUAAAUUGCUGAGCUCGUUUUAGUUGAAGUGUGAGAAGGAGGUUUAAGGCAAGUAGACAACAUCCUGUUGUUUGGGUGCUUCUCUCUUUUUUGCACAUCUGGCUGAACUGGGAGUCAGGUGGUUGACUUGUGCCUGGCUGCAGUAGCAGUGGUAUCUCCCUUGUACAGUUCUCCUCCUCGGCCUGCACAAGAGUCCACCAGGCCAUGGAGGCAGUGGCUGUGUAUCAUGGCAAAAUCAGCAGGGAAACCGGCGAGAAGCUCCUGCUUGCCACUGGGCUGGAUGGCAGCUAUUUGCUGAGGGACAGCGAGAGCGUGCCAGGAGUGUACUGCCUGUGUGUGCUGUAUCACGGUUACAUUUAUACAUACCGAGUGUCCCAGACAGAAACAGGUUCUUGGAGUGCUGAGACAGCACCUGGGGUACAUAAAAGAUAUUUCCGGAAAAUAAAAAAUCUCAUUUCAGCAUUUCAGAAGCCAGAUCAAGGCAUUGUAAUACCUCUGCAGUAUCCAGUUGAGAAGAAGUCCUCAGCUAGAAGUACACAAGGUACUACAGGGAUAAGAGAAGAUCCUGAUGUCUGCCUGAAAGCCCCAUGAAGAAAAAUAAAACACCUUGUACUUUAUUUUCUAUAAUUUAAAUAUAUGCUAAGUCUUAUAUAUUGUAGAUAAUACAGUUCAGUGAGCUACAAAUGAAUUUCUAAAGCCAUUGUAGUCCUGUAAUGGAAGCAUCUAGCAUGAUGUCAAAGCUGAAAUGGACUUUUGUACAUAGUGAGGAGCUUUGAAAUGAGGAUUGGGAAAAAGUAAUUCCAUAGGUUAUUUUCAGUUAUUAUAUUUACAAAUAGGAAACAAUUUAAAGCAUAAUGAAUACUUUAUAAAUGAUUAAUGUCAAUUCUUGCCAAAUAUAAAUAAAAAUAAUCCUCAGUUUUUGUGAAAA